UCUAUGAGCUGUCAAUUACGAAAAAUCAAAUCCAUUAUUUUGUGGUUCAUUAGUUAUUUUUAUCGUAGACAUAGCUUUUAUUCACCAUUUUACCGUUGUCAUGAUUUGCUGAUGAACAAUAUACAAUAAUUAAGUUUUAAGGAACAAUUGUACACGGAUUUUCUGAUGUAUCAUAAAUGAAUACGCUUUCACUUUAAAUCGGUGUACUAUGCAGGGUCUAUGACCAGUCAGUGAUGCGUUGCAUAGGGAAGUUACGUGAUGCGUAUAUAGUGUUAUUGAUGCCGACGCCAACAACAAAAUUUGACAGUCUUAUGUAAUUCCUUAUGUUGACAGCGUGUCACUCGGAAUGUUUGUGCGUUCAAAUUGACAUCAUUUAAUUUAGGAAUACGCAAUGGAAGAAACUAGCGUUUCGAAAACGCAAGGCGCACCGAAAAUGGACAGUGAACCCAUGACAGUAAAUUCGCCGUCUCAUAGCAUCGCGGGAGCGGAAGAAGAAUCAUCAGAACGAACUCCUGAAUCCGUAACUGAUGAAACAUCAGCUGAUUCUUCAGAAAAAAGCGCAUCAAUACUUAAAUAUGAGGAGGAGUGGGCGGCACUGUGCCACCGGGACGACCCGGGCCUGGAGGAGCUGCGGCGGCGUGCGGUGCUGGGCUCCCUGCGCGCCUCGCGCUUCCGCAGCGUCUGCUGGCGGGCGCUGCUCGGCGUGCUGCCGACCGGUGGCGCCCCGCCGCACGGGGAGGCCUGGCUGGGUGAACUCCGGCGCUCGCGCCAGCACUACGCCCGCCUCUGUGCCAAGCUGGCCGCCGACCCCUGGAAGGACAACGACCUGCUCGUUCGCGAUGACCCACUGUCUCAGAGCUCUGAGAGUAUAUGGCACCAGUACUUCUGUGACAAGGAGCUGCGAGCACUUAUCAGGCAGGAUGUUGUGCGCACGUUCCCCGGUGUUGACUUCUUCCGUAAGCAGAUGAUACAAGAUGCCAUGGUCAACAUACUUUUCUGCUAUGCUCGUGAACAUCCACAGAUGUGUUACAGACAGGGUAUGCAUGAGAUCCUUGCCCCCCUUCUGUUUGUGCUGCACUGUGACCACCAAGCACUGCUGCACACGAAGGAGCAGGUACAAGUCAGUGAUGAGAUAUCUGAGAUACUGAACCCCAAGUUCCUGGAAGAAGAUGCAUAUGCCAUCUUCAGUAGAAUAAUAGGUGGAAUCGCUUCCUGUUACCGGAUAAAUGACUUGACCCCGACGGCGACUGGCUACUUUCCGGCAAACCUGCAGACUCCGUCACCUGAUGGAGGCAGCGGGAGGUCGGAGAACGAGGUGGUGGCACAGCUGAACUGGAUCCGCGACCGGCUGCUGGCGCCCAAGGACCCGCAGCUGCACCAGCACCUGCAGCAGCUCGACAUCCCUCUGCCCCUCUUUGGAAUCCGGUGGCUGAGGCUACUGUUCGGUCGGGAGUUUCCACUGCAGGACCUGCUCGUACUGUGGGACGCCAUCUUUGCAGAAGGGCAGGACUUCGAACUAGUCAACUACAUCGUCGUCGCCAUGCUCAUCGCCAUCAGGCACCAGUUGCUGUCCAGUGACUACACUGCUUGCCUCACCUACCUCAUGAGGUACCCAGGAGCAGUCGACAUCUCGUACAUCAUCGACCACGCACUGCACCUAAAGGACCCAGAUAAAUACUCGGAGCCGGCAAUAACGUCCUUCCCGACGCUCCCCAACGUCACCGUCGGCGGUCGGGCGGACCUGAACCGGGGCACGGCGGCGGGCCACACCCACGAGGGGCAGUUCUGCCCUCCGAAGCAGCGCCGCCCGGGCCACCGCCAGCAGCAGCACCACCACCACUACCGGAGCAGCACGGUGCCGCCGGGCGACAAGGGCGGCGACGUGGAGAUCGUGGUCAGCUCGCAGGUGGUGGUGCGCAGCUCGGAGAAGGCAGCCGCCCAGCUCAAGAAGGGCUCCGCGCCCGACAUCAGCACUCUCUCUGGAAGACUGAAGAAGCUCUCUUCGAGGUCUGGACGUUGGGGCGGACCCUCCAAGGGCAGCCAGACCAAGAGGGACGAUGCAGACGCAGGGAUCGUGGACGGCUACGCUCUCGAUGACCCACUGCUGCUGUACGCAGAGCUGCACCACGCGCGCUCCAUCAUGGCCCUGUGUCGGCUGAAGCUGGAGCAGUACCACUCUGACAUCAAGAAGGCGAUCCUGCCCACCGAGCACCCUGAUGUUGCCGAAGCACUCAACGGCAUACUCGAGCUGUGCGCACUGCUGACCUCCAGACAGGGUGCGGCACCCGCGGAAGUGGAGCCGGCGCUGGAAGCGGGGGAACUGCACGCCCACGCGCAGGCACAGCCCGCGGGUACGGAACCUCCGCGCGUCUCGUCGGUGCUGCCCCAGCCGACCGGGGGAUACCGGAGGAGCGCCGCACCGCCCGCCCAGCUGCCGCUCGGGGCACCGGCCGGUGCCGGCAGUGGCGCCCCACCCGGCGGUGCGCGGGGAGCCCAGCCGCAGCCUCGCGACGUCCAGAUGAAGGUUUUCCGCGAGCACGAGGGCUCGACCAGCUCCGUGGAGGGCGCGCCCGUCGAAAACCCUUUGGCUGCGGCCGUGGCGGCAGCGUGUGUCGGCCCGGAGGACCGGCCUUGAGCGGCAGAUAAAAUGUAAUGGCCUGUGGCAGUCCUAUUGGGCUGCAGUCACUGUACAACCAGAGAGAAGUCUUGUGACUUGUCUAUUAGAAUACUACACUAUUGUAUAGCAUCAUUCCAGUACUCUUAUCAUCAUUCUUUUUUUAAUCGUUUUUCUCGCAGCUGGAAAAUGUGAGCAGUGGUGGGAUGUAUCGAAACUUCUUUUUGUCCCCCCCACCCUUCUCUGUGAUUUAACUCCCAUCUAUUUUACUGCAAAAGUUAGCAUUAUGCCUCUUCUUGUUAACUUGUUAUUGCUCUCUCUUCCAUUUCUUCUUCUUUUCUUUUCUUUUUUUUUCUUCCUUCUUGCAGUUGUCUCUUCUUCUUUGUCUUCUUCUUCCCUCCUACCUCCUGCAACAUUUUGUAUAACACAGUCACAUUAUCCAUACUUUCAAAUACUGUGCCCCAAUCUCCCCCUACUUCUAAUGUGCCAAAGACAGCCUGCUGUGAGAAUAAACACAAAAGCAAAACAGCACACUGUGGGUGAAAGUAAAGAUGCAAAAUUUGAGGGAAAGAAUGUGAAACAAAAUUUAAAAUGAAGUCGCAAAACAAAAUUAAGUAAUUGAAAUGUGAGAGGAAGCAAGAGGAAGACAAAGUGUGCAUAGAAAGUUCAUCUUUAAACUUGAGUAUUCAUUACUUUCUUGCCUAACAGACAUGGAUUCAGUGUUAUCUACGUAUCCCUCAUUUCUUGCCUGCUUGCACUUUUGAAGGAAACCACUUCUGUAUUUGUUAACCGGUGAUUCUUACUCGUAAACAUUUUU